AUGGAGCUUGAGACGUGCUGCAAAGAGGAAUGGGUGAAACUGCCCAAAGAUAGAUUAACCCUAUAUAUACUUUCCUAUAGUGCUUUAAGGUACCUUAUUCCUGUAACAUCGCAACAUGGAAUCAAAAGAAGUGGAUUAAGUCCCAUCCAUUCUGCAACAGAUGGACAAAGUGUGCAGUGCUUGGAGCUAUUAAUUGAAAAUGGCUUUGAUGUCAAUGAACUUUUGGCUGAACAUAUGUCUGAAAACUAUGGUGAUAAAAGGAAAACAGCGUUAUUUUUUGCCGUCUCCAACAAAGAUGUUCUGUGCACUGAGAUGUUAUUAAAAGCUGGUGCUAAUCCAAACAUAGACCCUCUAAACUGUCUCCUUGUGGCUGUGCGAUCCAGGAACCAUGAAAUAGUGAGGCUGCUGUUAGCUCAUAAUGCUGAUGUCAACUGCUAUUUCAUGCUUGUGAAUGACACUCAUUUCCCUAGUGCAAUACAGUACGCCCUCAAUGAUGAAAUCAUGCUACGCUUAUUGUUAAAUAAUGGAUACCAGGUUGAAAGGUGUUUUGAUUGCCUACAUGGGGACAUUUAUGGUGGCUCAUUCAUAUGGUCAACCUCCGAAGAAGAAGUGCUACCAGACUGGACAUCGUGUGUUAUAAAAGACAGCCCUUUUUGUGAUUUCAUCACUGUAUCCUGGAUGAAGCAUUUGGUUGGAAAAGUCAUUCGAGUAUUAGUGGACUACAUGGAUUAUGUUCCAAUUUGCACAAAAUUGAAAGCUGUACUUGAAGUUCAAAAAGAGUGGACUGAGAUCCAGGAGAUUAUAGGAAAUCCUCGUCCACUGAAGCACUUGUGCCGACUGAAACUACGCAAACUUCUUGGGCUGGAGAGAUUACAGAGUCUAUCUUCAAUAAAGAGAUUUCCUCUGCCACCUCUUCUUAAAUCAUUUUUAAUGUAUAAAGAGUAUGAUUUAUAUGGGAGGGGAUUACACUUUGAUACUUAAUACAUUGCACUACUUUAAAGCUAAGUAAAGAGUUUCUUAUUUAAAAAAAAUAAUAAUAAUUGCUUGAUAAUGCCAUGCAAGUAUCCUGCUAUGUUUCAUGAUAAGGACUCGGGAAUCACAAGCCAACAGUAACAAAACCAGCAGAGAAAAAAAAAAGUAAUCUAUGUUUUAUACUGCAUAACAUGUUUUUGGUGUUUUUAUGUGAUUCUUGCGCUGGAGUAAUACCGGUAAUGUAAAUAGUGAAUAACAUUUAAAUGUUUUAUUAACUUUAUUUAUGUUCACAAAAGUAAAGUAGUUUGCCAAAAGCCAAGAAGAUAGUAAGUGUAUAAGUAGGAAAACAAGACAUCAAAUGAACAGGUGACAAAGCCCAUCUAUUUAAAAUAAAAUAGUAAAUGGAGUGUCAAGUGCUUGUGCUUGGAACCGGCAAAGAUGCAAGAAUAAGAUUCUACAAAAUAUAUAAGAAUGUGAUGUGGGGGCAUGAGUACGACUGGGAAGGGGGGGCAGGGAGUGCUGCUGUGGUGAAGAACUGGAUGCCCGUGAAAUCUGUUUUGUGGAAAUUUAGAAAGACUCACAUACAUAAUUGGCUAAGGUACUGCCCUAUUUAUAUAAUCCAACUGUAGUGUUUGCAGUGGAAUUUGUUUGCAGAAAAGGUGGGUAAAAUGACUCUAUGCCCACGAGGAAGUGUAGAGAAAAUUGUACAUGUGCUGAGACUACUGUUGCAUGUUUUCUUAAUUGUUUAGCAUAUUGUUAAAAAUGUUUUGAGAAUUUACACAAUGUUUUCCAAUAUCGCAGGACACAUGUCAUUGUAGGAACUCUACUGGUUUAAUAAAUCUUGCUUAAUAGUUCACUUUGGCAUACCACGCUAUUAUGUAUAUUUAAACAUGGAAGAAAGGUUUGCUGUUUGCAUAAUAAAUGAUGAUG